UUCCCGUGUGUAACCUCGCCAGUGCCGGCCAGAUCCACGCAGACCACUGAGGGGUUGGGGCCGUGAAUUCAUCGAUCCCACAAUGACUCCACGAGGUUUACUGUUAGUGGUGGCGCUGGCUGCCGCUGUGUGCGCGGAGGAGCUGAAAGUGGAGAGCCUGAAGAAGGAGGACUCAUGUGACAGGCGCUCCAAGAAGGGGGACAUGCUGACGAUGCACUACACGGGAACACUGCUCGAGGAUGGCAAGAAAUUUGACUCGAGCCUGGACCGCAAUCAGCCGUUCACGUUCCAGCUGGGCGUGGGUCAGGUCAUCAAGGGCUGGGACCAGGGCCUCGUGGACAUGUGCCCCGGCGACAAGGUGCGUCUCACCAUCCCUUCGGACAUGGCCUACGGGGAGCGAGGCGCCGGAGACGUCAUCCCACCCAAUGCCGCUCUUGUGUUCGAGGUGGAGCUGAUCUCCAUCGGCGACGCGCCCCCCCAGGUGAACGUGUUCAAGCAGAUUGAUGGGGACUCCGACGAGCACCUGUCCAAAGAAGAGGUACUGAACUACAUCAAGGCGCAGAUCCCUGCUGAGGAGCUGGAGCAGGGCCAGGACCCCCACAAGAUCACUGAGGAGAUCUUCCACCACGAGGACAAGGAUCGCGAUGGCUACAUCUCCCACGAAGAGUUCUCAGGACCCAAACACGAUGAGCUCUGAGCCGCCUCUAGCCCCGGCCCUCCCCCUGUUCCCUGCCUCCACUCUCUCCUGUUUGGGGUACCUGAAGAGUUUUAACAAUUUUAACUUUGCUUUAAUGGUUUUAACCAUGACUGAGAUCCUACAAAGGUUAAUAGCUAAUAGGUUUUAUACUUUCUCGGACCAGACUCCUGCUUGUCUUCAGUGAGUUGUAAAAGUUUUUUUUUUCUGAAGCUGUUUUAUGGGUUUUCUUGUUGGUGCAUAUAGUUUUACUUUAUCUGUUAACAAUGCCAUUUUUUAUACUAUGUAAAGUGUUCUUAAAGGUCAUUAAUGUACAUACUUGAUAUAAAUGUGGUGCAGAGGAAGCCUCCAGACACUGAAUGUAAAGAUACCAAUAUUGGUCACAUUUACUAGUGUGGCUUCUGUUCAGGGAAGAUUACAACAGAAGGGUACGUGUGUGUAGUGUUCAGUGUGACCACAGGACUACUGCAGUGACAGCAGGGCUGCUACCAUGUCCUGCUUAGUGCAGGAGCACCCUGACACGAUGUACAACAGUACCUGACCACGUGCUCAAAUGGUGUACAAGGAAUCCACUGCCACCACCACCACCACCACCACCAUAGUGAUACUGAGUGCAGGGACUAGUCCGGCAUGGGGCUGUAUUGCAGCCACCUUCUGGAGGCAGCUCCUGCUGGGCUUUCUUAGAAGGACUAUGUCAUUUAUUGGGACUGUUGCAAUAACCCUUGAAGACAGCCCUUGCAGGGCUUCCACAGUGGGUCAAAGGCAUAUAUAUAUGGGGGACAGUUUUGCUGCAGCCCCAUCAGGCACUCCCUGCAAACCUUCCUCAGAGACAGAUGAUGGUGUACAACACAGCGGUGUGGCUGCCCCACAGCCACCACCAGGCCUGUACAACACAGAGAUGUGGCUGCCAUACAGCCACCACCAGGCCUGUACAACACGGCGGUGUGGCUGCCCCACAGCCACCACCAGACCUGUACAACACAGACAUGUGGCUGCCCCACAUCCACCACCAGGCCUGUACAGCACAGAGAUGUGGCUGCUCCAUGGCCACCACCAGGCCUGUACGACACAGAGAUGUGACUGCUCCACAGCCACCACCAGGCCUGUACAACACAGAUGUGGCUGCCCCACAGCCACCACCAGGCCUGUACAACACAGGGGUGUGGCUGCCCCACAGCCACCACCAGGCCUGUACAACACAGGGGUGUGGCUGCCCCACAGCCACCACCAGGCCUGUACAACACAGGGGUGUGGCUGCCCCACAGCCACCACCAGGCCUGUACAACACAGGGGUGUGGCUGCCCCACAGCCACCACCAGGCCUGUACAACACAGGGGUGUGGCUGCCCCACAGCCACCACCAGGCCUGUACAACACAGGGGUGUGGCUGCCCCACAGCCACCACCAGGCCUGUACAACACAGAUGUGGCUGCCCCACAGCCACCACCAGGCCUGUACAACACAGGGGUGUGGCUGCCCCACAGCUGCCACCAGGCCCGUGUUUUGUAUCUUCAUCUCCUCCCAACAACUGGCUCACAUACUGUUAGUUGGGCAACGUUAGCCAUGCUUACCUCCCUAGAUCACAACUGUAUGCACAAACAUACGGCACAAGCUUAUAAAGAGCUGUAGCCAUUUUGUACUUACAUGUAUUAAAAGAGUAUAUAAUUUUUAACAAAGCACAACCUGAAAAUCAACGGGAAUAUAUUUUCAUAUUAAUCAAGUUUAGGUAAAGAUAGUGUGUUGAGCAUAGGCAGUAGCUACACUUCCCCCUCCAGAGUGUGUUCCUCUCUCCCCACUUCCUUCCCUGCUUAGCAUAACAACAUUUCUACAAGUGUGAAUCAAAGAUUAUUUUUCAGAUGAUAUUAUGAUGGAUGAAGCUUUAUUACAUGAGUUCCUGCUCAUCAUGUAUAUUUAAUGGUCCAACACUUAUAUGUAUAACUGUGAAAUAACUUUACCAUGUGAGAUUUAUGAAAAGGGCUUGGAAAAGUGGUAUCAUCUCUCAGCUCCAGCCAGGCUACUUCAUGCCCUCAGUCCCCAAGUGUUGCAGAUAAUGGCAUGUUAAGGGUGCAGGGACAAACUGGACCAUAGCCACUGUAGCCACAGAUCAUUGUGAAUACUGGUGCUGCUGGUGUGUUGACAGCAGGACUGUUACAACCUGCAUGGCUUUUCACUAUGGGACUCCAUUCCACACAUAGAAACACUAACAAUUCUUUAAAAGGCAGUAUCGUGCUGAUGUAUCUGGUAUAUUUUUUUUUUUAUUCCAGGGACACAGACAGGCCAAGGGCAAAUAAAAUUGUAAAAGAAAUGGGCCCAGUGACAAUGAUAAAGCAUUUGUCAUGCCUGGUUUGCAUGAUUUCCUAACAAGUUAUUGGCCAUAUAAAAAGAACAUUCCCAUUGCUAUAACUACACAUAAAAAGGGGUUGAACAGAGCAGUGGGCUGAAGAGAUGUUAUGCUACACUCAUGGAUGUCUUCAGUGUCACCAUGAUGCUAGAGAGAGAGAGAGAGAGAGAGAGAGAGAGAGAGAGAGUAAAAGUACGAGUUCCUAUUUCUUUUUUUAUGUGUGUAAGUGGGGAAACCGUGCAAUGAGAAGUAGUGGAGUGUGGAUAAUCUCUCUCUCUCUCUCUCUCUCUCUCUCUCCAGUGGUCAGCAUUCCUAGAGACCACACUAUCCUUCCUAUCCAAGCACAGGGAAGACUAUGGGUUGUGACUUGACAUGAUACGCUAUACAGAAAGAGUUCGAUGUAUUUUCUUGUUACACUUUAAUAAUGACUUUUUACUACGAGAGAUGUACGGUCAAAAGAAAUAAAGUUGUUGAGGUGGAUUUUA